CUCAGCCGGCCAACUUUUUUGAAUCCCGGACGACAUGGAGUCGCAGAGAGAGCCACACACCGGUCCCCGCGGUGGUCCAAGUAUCUGUCAGCGGGGAUGCGGUCUCCCGCUGGCCGGCUCCGGCUCCAGCAUCAGCCCGCAGGAACAGCAGCACUGCUGCGUGGACGCGCUGCGAGCCCUCACCGACGCGCUGGAGGACAGAGCCGCGGCUCUGCAGCACCAAGCCCGCAUGGCCAGACUCAGGUGGAACCGGAGGGAGCAGUCCCUGCUGACCCAGGUGACGGCCCUGCAGAGCGAGGCUCGGCUGGCCGCCCUGCAGCACCAGCGGAGGCUGCACCAGUACCUGCUGCACAUCAACGGCAUCACCCAGCAGGUCGGCGCAUACUGCAAGAGCGACUCCAGUCCAGCUGCUGACAUGCAGAACCACACAUCAGAUAAAGCUACGUGUGCGGAUGGAAAGCUGCUGGAAGCUAAUAAAACACAUCAGAUGUCAUUACCACAAUGACAUCCAAACAUGAGGACUGCCAGAGCAGAGCUGUGUUCUGCCAGGGCGACAGCCGCCAUCACUGGCUGCAUGACUGAUGGUAGCUGUGGUUCAG